AAUACAAAAUCCCAACGCGACACAGUACAGGCAGAGAGAGAGAGAGAGAGAGAGAGAGAGAGAGAGAGAGAGAGAGCGCAAGAGAGACCUUGUUCAAUCUCCACCCAUCAAUGGCCUCCACCUUAUCUUCCUCCCUUUCCGCCUCCUCCCUCCACAGCUCCCGCCACAUUGCCUCCCCCCGCCGCAUCUUCUUCCGCUCCCCCACCUACCUCACCCUCCGCUCCCACCGACCCUUCUCCGUCAAGGCCCUCUCCGCCCCCGUCCUCACCCAGGACGACCUCAAGAAGCUCGCCGCCGACAAGGCCGUCGAGUAUGUCCGCAGCGGGAUGGUCCUCGGCCUCGGCACCGGCUCCACCGCCGCAUUCGUCGUCGCCAAGCUCGGCGAGCUCCUCAAGUCCGGUCAGCUGACCGACAUCGUCGGCGUCCCCACCUCGAAGCGGACUGAGGAGCAGGCCCGGGGGCUUGGGAUCCCGCUCUCCGUCCUCGACGACCACCCCAAGCUCGAUUUGGCCAUCGACGGGGCCGACGAGGUGGACCCCAACCUCGACCUGGUCAAGGGGAGGGGAGGGGCCCUGCUGAGGGAGAAGAUGGUAGAGGCGGCCAGCGACAAGUUCGUGGUCGUGGUGGAUGACACCAAGCUCGUCGAUGGGCUCGGCGGGAGUGGCCUCGCUAUGCCCGUCGAGGUCGUCCAGUUCUGCUGGAAGUACAACUUGGUAAGGCUUCAGGAACUCUUCAAGGAAGAAGGAUGUGAAGCGAAACUGAGACUCAACGACAGCGGGAAGCCUUACGUCACCGACAACUCAAACUACAUUGUGGACUUGUACUUCAAGACUCCGAUAAAGGACGGGCCAGCAGCAGGGAAAGAAAUCUCUGCAUUCGAGGGAGUGGUUGAGCACGGUCUGUUUUUAGACAUGACGACUGCUGUGAUUAUUGCUGGAAAAUCGGGAGUCGAAGUCAAGAACAAGUGAGACAGUAAUUCUGUUCUGGUGGGAUGAAAACAAGUGGUUCUUGUUCUUGUUCUUAUUCUUCUCAUCAAGGGCUUUGAGAUCCUUUGUUGUAACUCAUAGAUGCCAUUAAGUUACUUCCAAAUUUUGUAGCUUCUCAUCUAAGGAAUUGUUUCUGGACAAGUAUAGAUGUAACUUGAAUAAUCGAAAAAGAUGGGGAAUAAUCGGAAUAAUUGAAUUGUUUCUUUCACCUGUAA